AAGAAGCUCGUGUCACGUGACCAGAAACGUCAACGAUUCAAUGGCAGCCUACUGUUUUGUAAAUUAACACAAGGGACAGCUGCAUAAAAUAGUGUUUUAAACGACUGAAUUGCAUUUCUAAGGCUAUUGGUCAGAUAUCUCAUAGACGGCUGAAGACGACAUGGGCUCAGACACUGCCAUGUCUCCCAAGAUCACGGUGGAGCUGCUGCGGCAGCUACGGCAAGCCAUGAGGAACACCAAGUACAUCGCUGAGCCCAUCCAGGCCUACAUUGUCCCCUCUGGAGACGCACACCAGAGUGAAUACAUCGCACCAUGUGACUGCAGACGUGAAUUCAUCUGUGGCUUCAAUGGCUCCGCAGGCACGGCCAUAGUGACAGAGAAGCAUGCGGCCAUGUGGACAGACGGACGGUACUUCCUCCAGGCCAGCCAGCAGAUGGACAACAACUGGACCCUCAUGAAGAUGGGUCUGAAGGAGACACUUAGCCAGGAGGACUGGCUGAUCAGUGUGCUGCCUGAGAACUCGACAGUAGGAGUGGACCCCUGGAUCAUUGCUGCUGACCAGUGGAAGAACAUGUCUAAGGCCCUGGCCAGUGCAGGCCACUCCCUGGUGGCUGUUCAGGACAACCUGAUAGAUGCCAUCUGGAUGGACCGUCCAACCAGACCCUCCACUCAGCUCCUCACCCUGGGCCUGGGGUUCACGGGUCUGACCUGGCAGGACAAGAUGACCGCUCUGAGAUCCAAGAUGGCCGAGAGGAAGAUCUCUUGGUUCGUUGCCACGGCGCUGGAUGAGAUUGCAUGGCUGUUCAACCUCCGUGGCUCUGACAUCGAGUACAACCCUGUUUUCUUUGCGUACGCCAUCGUUGGAAUGAACACAAUCAGGCUCUUCGUGGACAUCAAGCGUCUGGCCGUGCCGACGGUGAGGGAGCACCUUCAGCUGGACACGCCCUCCAAGGUGGAGCUUAGCAUCCAGACUGCCCCCUAUGAGUCUGUGUUCACAGAGCUGCAGGCUGUGUGUGCCUCCCUGGGUCCCAAGGAGAAGGUGUGGAUCAGCGACAAAGCCAGCUGCGCCCUCACGCAGGUCAUCCCCAAGGCCCACCGGUCUCCUAUCCCCUACACUCCUCUCUGCCUCGCCAAAGCUGUCAAGAACGCCACUGAGAUUCAAGGGAUGAAAAUGGCCCAUAUCAAGGAUGCUGUCGCCCUUUGUGAGCUCUUCGCUUGGUUGGAAAAAGAGAUUCCAAAAGGCACAGUGACUGAGAUAUCCGCAGCAGAUAAGGCCGAGGAGUUACGCAGCCAACAGAAAGACUUUGUCGGACUCAGCUUCCCAUCCAUUUCCAGUGUUGGACCAAACGGAGCAAUCAUUCAUUACAGACCCCUACCUGAAACCAACAGAACUCUCUCUCUAAACGAAAUCUACCUCCUCGACUCUGGAGCCCAGUAUAUUGAUGGAACAACAGACGUCACCCGCACCAUGCACUUUGGAUCCCCCUCUGCUUAUGAGAAGGAAACCUUCACCUAUGUUCUGAAAGGACAUAUCGCUGUCAGCGCUGCCAUUUUCCCCAACGGAACCAAAGGCCACCUGCUGGACUCGUUUGCCCGCCAGGCGCUGUGGGAGUCUGGGCUGGACUACCUUCAUGGUACGGGCCACGGGGUGGGAUGUUUCCUCAAUGUCCACGAGGGACCCUGUGGGAUCUCCUACAAGACCUUCGCCGACGAGCCCCUGGAGGCAGGCAUGAUUGUCAGCGAUGAACCUGGGUACUAUGAGGACGGCUUGUUUGGCAUUCGAAUUGAAAACGUUGUUCUGGUGGUGCCAGCAAAACCCAAGUACAACUACAGGAACAAGGGCAGUUUGACGUUUGAGCCUCUCACUCUGGUCCCCAUCCAAGCCAAGAUGGUAAACACAGAUCUUCUCACCCAGAAAGAGCGUGAUUGGGUGAACGAGUACCACAGGCAGUGCCGGGAGACGAUUGGAGCAGAGCUGGAGAGGCAGGGCCGCAAGGAGGCCAUGGAUUGGCUGAUCAGGGAAACCCAGCCAAUCGCCUGAAGGCUAUUCUGUGACUGACUCUUAUUUAAUUCAAUUGUAUUGCCCAGGAGUACAAUUGAUUGAUCAAUUGAUUGCUCAUCUCAGCAGUGAUGAUAACCUUUUCUUUUGAUAUUUUCUCUGAGAAGCUACUAUCUAUGGUUCUGGUCUCUGUGUAUUUCACGCUAUGCUUCUUUUCUAAAGCAUCAUCACCAUCCAUGUCUGAACUGUUUUAUGGCGAUUCAAUAAAUAUCCAAGUGUGGAAAAAAGGAUCGUUCACAACUUCCAAAUAACUUCAUCAAAGUUCAUCCACUUUAGACAAUGUUUAUCCCAAAAUACAAACUUGAAUAGGACAAAAAAAAUCAAACACCCCUCCCAUGAAGUGGAACAUGCCACCUUGCUCUAGAGCUGCAUGUAGAAGUUGGGCGGGUCCAGGAUGAUACCACUAUUGGGAUCAUUGGCGUAGUCCUGAAAGGUUAGCUCUUCUUGCUCCUUCGAUCCACCAGGGGUGAUAUUCUGGAUAUUAUCCUCUUCCUCCAGCCCUAUGGGUAGAGGGUUACUGUAGAUGUAGUAGAUUCUGGAGUUGUCCUUAGAUGCUUCCUGUUUUCUGAAGAAUGAGAGAGGGUUUCUGAAACUGGCAGAUCUCUUGACAGCUCUGAUGUCCACCGGGUUGACUGGUACGUCACGGAGCACAGCACUCUCAUACAUAUGGGCCCUCUUCGACAGCCUGGAGGCGGGAAAAGAUAUAAUGCGCUUUCAGGGAACUGUGGGACUUUCUAUGUGUUCUUUCUGGUCAUUUUAAACCAAAUGCAUUAAAAUGUCCAUUAUUUUGUGUGCACACCAACAUGGUAAACCAACAUGGUAAAAGAC